AUGGCUACCCCUAUCGAUUUGUCCCAAGAGAAUCGUCAGAAUCGUCAGAAUCAGGCUCAAUCAUCUGACGACGAUCAUCAAAAGAAUGAGGCAUCUAUCGGUCCCUAUCAAACCACUUCAUCUCGUCCCUCCGAGGGCUGCCAGUCGUCAAUCGGAGAUGGCUGCGCAACUGCUACUCUGGGCUCCGAUGAGCCAAAGAAGGAAGUCUUCGUUGAAACCUAUCCUAUGUGGGCGACUCCACGGACGAGCUGGAUCCAGUUUUUGCAAUCUAUCGUGAAUAUAUUUUCGGUUCAGAAGAUUCAGAAGGUGAACCACGCAAGUGCUCCAACUGUGGAAACACUGGACACCGCAAGCCACGAUGCCCCCUGCCACCCAAGCAUUCGGACUGCUCCCGGUGCGGCGGAGAAGGACAUAACAAGAUUCAUUGCACUCGUCCACGUCUCUUCCAAGGAAACUGCAAUUAUUGUGGAGCAUAUGGCCAUGUCGCCGCUCGAUGCCCUAUCAAGAGACGGAACUUCUGCAAAAAUUGCCAGACAGAAGGUUGGAGGACACCACGCCAUCUUUUGUUUGGAGGAUCGGGUGCUGGACCGCACCAACAUCCCGGAUCACACUCCAGAGGAAGCCUGGCAGCGAAACAGACAUGCUAUCCGCGAGGUCCUUUCUGACAUUUCUCGAAAAUCAAAGGCUCUUGAAGCCUACUCGAAGGCUGUACCUGAUGCGACUUUCGUUGACAUUGAGAAGCGACUGCGUGCCGAAAAUUGCGGUCUCUUCCUUAUUGCUCAGACAUUCCGCACAUCUGAAGACUCCACUCUCAUUGAUCUGCAGGGUCGAGUGAACUGUACUUUCCGCGUCGGAUGGUUCAAGUCCCCGGAGCAAGAUCGGCCUUUCCUGAAGGGUAUGUGGCCGAGGAACGCCGAGCACAAUUUGUUCCGCUUGGGGGAGGCCGGGUUCGAGUGCCCCAGUUACCGCCGAGAAUGCGAUCACUGCGGUGGCCAUGUGAGCGAGGAUUGCAAGUUCGUCACAGGGGAGCAUGAUCUCCAGGAGAUCAAGUGCCCUAACUGUGGCUUGGCUGGCCACCGGCUUCGUGAUUGCAAGUCGGCUCGUGUUUGCCAGGAAUGCGGAGCGAAAGGACACACCACUAUCGCCUGUCCCAAGCGCGGCAACCAGGCUCGUGGCCAGCAGACGGGGGGCGAGGAGACCGGGGGCGUGGAGAGUAAGGAGAAGAAGGAGAAGGAGGAGAGCAAGGACGAGGGUCCCAAGGUAGGGAUUCUUAUCGACUUAGACUCCGACGACGAGGGCCAGGAGAAAAAGAAGGUUGGCACCGCCGAUGGCUGGUAG